AUGCCUACAAACGAUAAUGACACCAACAGUAAGAAUGGGCAAUCACAACUAACGAUUCCAUCGGCGGACGUCGUACGGCUCGUGCAAGCCUUCUUGACGGAAUCCGGUUUGCACGAAUCCUGCCGCGUCCUGCAGCACGAAUCGGGUGUCGGGCAAGCGGGGAUGACCGAGACGGCGAGUUACCAUUCCCGUACAUCGACUGACUACCAACACAGUCCGUGGUACGCGUGGGCCACCUCGGGACAAUGGGGCACCGUGUUGUCACGGUUGCGUUGGAUCGAUGCGUCCCGGGCCCGUUUGGACGAAGGCCUCCGGGCCGCCGUGCACCAAAUGGCCGUCCUCGAACUCGCCGAUCAGGGUGAGUACGAACUCGCGUACGCUGCGUACCGGCUUGUCCAACCGUUGCUGGCAGGGAGUCACGCCACGGAUCAGGAUCUCGGACCGGACGCGGCGGCGCCGGAAAGUAUCCCCGUGACGCGCGCCAGUCUCGUCGAACAGUUGUUGGCACAAUUAGCCGCCCUGCGAGCCAAGUCCAACGCUUCGCCCAAGGCACUACCGGACGAUUACUACGGAUACCGUCAGACUACGCCACAGGCACGCCGAGAAUUUCUCGGACAGGCUCUAACGGACGCCGUGCCAAUCCAACCGAAAGAUCGUCUCGUAUCGCUGCUCCAACAGGCCUUGAAAUGGCAAAUUUACACGGGAGAACUGCCUAAAAUUCAACAACACUGGCCUGCGAAUGAUAGCAAAACAAAAGGGAAAAAACGCAAACGUGUCUUUGAUCUCGUGUUGGGCACGUCCCACGUGGAUCCCGUAGUUGUCGGGGAAACGAACGACUCAUCUUUGUUGCCGCUACAGGAACCUACCAUUGAGCAACCCUACGCAACCGUCAAACUCGGCAAACACGUUACGGCGACCGCUGCCGUAUUUUUGCCACCCACCUCCGACGGAUCCGGUUCCUGUUCUCUCGUCACGGGGUCGUCGGACGGGUUGAUUGAAAUAUGGGACCCCGUCAGCAAGUACUCCGCCCUCCGGACGAAUGAUUUGCCGUACCAAGCAAAGGAUGAACUACUCGGAAUGGACGCAUCUAUUAGUGCCUUGGCCGUUUCGAACGACGGAACGCUCCUGGCGGGUGCAGACUUGCAAGGGACCGUGCAAGUCUGGCGUGUGGAUACGGGCAAGUGUUUGCGCUCCAUGCUAGCCCAUUCCACUUCCAUCUCGGCUCUCGCCUUUUCACCCGACGCUUCUCACGUUCUCACCGCGAGUCGCGACGGUACGGCUCGAGAAUUCGGUCUGCGAACGUCCCGUAUGCUCAAAGAAUUCCAAGGGCAUGCAUCGUACGUCAAUAUCUGUGGAUACGUCGUGAGCGUUACGCACUUGUUGGUAGUAACGGGUUCGGCCGACGGUACGGUACGGAUUUUUGACGGCAAGACUUCGGAAACGUUGCGCAUACUCAAACCUAAAUCUCUCGGUCUACGGGUUUCGGAAGUGAACACUUCUCUGCUGGCCGAUGAGCAAUCGGACGAUUCCGCGGCCUCGCCCAGUAUCCAAACCGUGCUCUUCUUGCACACGCCAGCACACACCAUGGUGGUUGUGCCCCGGGGGCGGCGGGCCUUUCUGGUCGCCAUCUCCUCUGGGAUCGUACUGCGUACGUUCGAAGGGGAGGGAGCCUCGGACGGCACGAACGUUUUCGUAGCGGCUUGCGCGAGUGUUUCGAAUCGGGUUCUGUAUAUUGUCCAGGAAGACGGCAGCUGUUGCGUCUUUGACACCACCACCGGCGAGCGGAUACGCACCGUCGCCGACUUUGCCAGCCAGUCGGCGUACGCCUCCAAAGACCCGAAGAGUACGGCCAUUUUGGAAAUCUCGGCGCUCGUGCACCACCCUAUCAAGCCACUGGUCGGUGCGUACUGCUCGGACAAGAUACAGAAAAAGGGACAAUUAGUGUUAUGGAAGUAGUUCUGGAACGCGGACAUUUUUGGUUACGCCGUGUACAUAACGGUGGAAGCAAACAGAGCAAAG